CACAGGUGUUUGAUGUUGGCGGUGGUUUGUAAUGUUGACAACGGGGCUUGCUCUCUGUUUACUAAGUUUACUUCGUUUUUCCUGCAAAACGAAAACAUCGCAGAUAUCUCACACAUGAGGGCAACAAAAAUGACUGCUUUCUGGAUGGGAUGCUAGUAUUAAAUGAAGAUGAUCUUGGACUCACAUUAUCGAAGAGACACCGUAUCAUCUGCAAAUGGCUCGGACGAAGAAAUUAUAUUCUGUCGGUCCGUGAACGUUCAAGUGAAAGAUGAUUCGAGCAGCAAUCACAUGAGGGUAUCACCCCUGUGCUUGACAAUCAAGAGAGCUGGUUCAUCUCACGCCGGGCGUAAAGAACUCUUCAUUCAAUUAACAGAUGAAGCAGAUCCUUUCUUCGUGUAUUCCCUUACGCUUACUGAAGAUGACUUUCACGUUCUCAAGAGCCAACAGGGUCUGCUGGUUGACUUUCUGGCAUUCCCGCAGAAGUUUGUCGACCUUCUCGAAAUGUGUAUAAAGGAUGAACACAAAGACGGACCGAAGUUCGUCAUGAUGUUCGCAGCUCACGGCCGACUGGGGUGCGACCCGUCGUUCCUGGAUGUUGUGGAAACAAAUCCUUUCAAGCACCUUGUUCACCUGUCACUGAAGCUUACUCCCGCUCCUGAGAGUUUUGUGAGAAAACAUCUCACAUUCAAUGUCAGGGCUUUGAAGGAUGAAAAGCAGCAACUGGAGCUGUCGCUUCGGAACUGUGAAGCUGACUUCCACUCGCGUUUGAAGCAGUACCAGGAUGCCUGUGCAGAUAGGGAGAGGGAGUUAGAACGGACACGCUCACUGCAUUCGGCACAACUGGAAUCUCUCCGUCAGCAACACGAACGAGACCUGCUGGCCGAACAGGAACGCAUUCGGAAAGCAACUGCGGAGCAACAAUUCAAGGGUGAUCUGGAGCACCGUGAACAAGAGCAGAAGCUUAAGAAGCAAAUUCAAGCCCUUGAGGCUCAAGUUUCACUUUUGGAUGCACUGAAUAAGGACCUACAGGAGAAGCUGUCAAAGUCUGACCAGCUCAACAAGGAGCUUGCAUCAAAGGUAUCUUCGCUGGAGGCCACUCUCAAUCAGUGCCAAGAAACUGCUCAGAUUCUCACCAGAGAAAAGGACUAUGUGCAAGCAGACAGAAGAGACCACGAGAGGGAUGUCAAUUCUCUUAGGUCAAGAGUCGGUGAACUUGAACGGCAACUCCUGGAAAAGGACUGUGCCCACAGACAGCGUCUGGAGCAGCUGGAAGAAUGUCAGCAACAAAAGAAAAAGGUUGAAGAGCUACUAGAGCAAAAGCAAGGGCAGAUGGCGCGACGAGAGACAGCACUGAAGACACUGUCGGACGACGUGGUAAAAGGCAAUGAGAUAAUCAAAAAGCUGCAGGGAGAGAUACGCAACUAUCACUCAAAGCUGCGGUUAAGAUCUGAAGUGAUCACAAAGCAGGAAGAAGUGCUGACGGAGAAAGAGAACGUGCUUCAGAAGGUGAAUCGAGAAGUGGAUGACCUCAGAGUUACUUGCAAGAAAAUGGCAGAAGAGCUAUCGAAAGUGAAGGAUGACUUGGAGCAGAAACAGCAGAAGCUGGAAGAAACACAGAAGCAGAUCAAAACUAAUGAGAAUGUGAUUCAGUGGCUUAACAAACAACUAAACGUGUAUCAAGUACAGCAGGGAAAUAAAGGCAGCCCCAACACACUUGCAGCAACGAAACCGAACCCCAGCCCUCUUGGUCAAAGCCCAACCUAUGGAGGUAUGGCUCGGAACUUUGCGUUUCCACCCAGCGCUGCCCUUCUGAAUAACCAGGUUGCAAUGACUCUUGGUCAAGCUGGUGCGAGACAAACAUCGCCUGCACUGACAAAACCAGAUGAACCCCUUGUGGAUCCCCGCUUUCUCCAACCUCGUAAUGAUGCUGCUCCGCCACAGCCAAUCGGAGCACGAUCUGUCGCCCCUGGCAGCACGGCUGCUCCGAGACCUAAACCACCAGCUCCAUCUGCCUACUUUCAAAACGUUGCAAAGGCAAAGCCGUCCUGAUUCUCUGUGUGAAACAGUGUGUCGUACUUUACACGUGGUAAUGUAUGUCUCAUGUACAGAAUUUUGUUUCUCUGGCACUUGUACAAUUUAUUUCUUAAUCUGUUUCAUCUUUUUUGGUUUGUGGGAAGAUGUUUCCGAAAUCAGACUGUAAUAAAUCGUAUGCCACAGCUGCUUUUAA